CGAGGAGGAAGAAGUCUCUGUCCGUGGUGCUGAAUACCAGCGCGUUAAAGCCCGACUACUUGUUGGCCCUCGCGUUCAGUCUGACGCGCCGCGCGUGACGCGCCCCCGCCCCCCCCCCCCGCGCACGGACUCCGUCUCCGCGGUUCUCCGUUAGAUCCGGUGCAGUGCAGCAACUAUCGCGGAUUCUCACACGGAGCCGUGGAGCGGAGAGACGCGCGCGGACCGCCGACGGUCAUGCCGUGAUGCUGUGACGCGCGCGGACGCGUCCCCGUGUUCGUGAAGACGAGGAUGAUGAUGAUGAGGAGGAUGAUGAUGAUGGUGGUGGUGGUGUUACCGGGGCUCGUGAUCAGACUGACGGUGCUGAUGUUCGUCGCCGGUUCGAGCGGGAUGCCGCACGUGCUGAGAUUCGGAGGGAUUUUCGAGUCGAUAGAGAGCGGUCCGUCCGGACCCGAGGAACUGGCUUUUAAAUUUGCAUUGAACACCAUCAACAGAAACCGAACGCUUCUGCCCAACACCACGCUCACCUACGACAUCCAGAGAAUCAACGUCUUUGACAGCUUCGAGGCCUCCAGGAAGGCCUGCGAGCAGCUGUCCCUGGGCGUGGCUGCGAUCUUCGGCCCCUCCCACAGCUCGUCGGCCAAUGCGGUGCAGUCGAUCUCGAACGCCCUGGGCGUGCCUCACAUUCAGACGCGCUGGAAGCACCAGGUGUCUGAUAACAGAGACUCGUACUACGUCAGUCUGUACCCGGACUUCUGCUCGCUCAGCCGGGCCAUCCUGGACCUCGUGCACUUCUUCCGCUGGAGGACGGUGACGGUGGUGUAUGACGACAGCACCGGUCUCAUCCGUCUGCAGGAGCUCAUCAAAGCUCCGUCCAGGUACAACAUCCGUCUGAAGAUCCGGCAGCUCUCCGCCGACAGCAAAGACGCCAAACCUCUGCUGAAGGAGAUGAAGAAGGCCAAAGAGUUCCACGUGAUCUUCGACUGCAGUCACGAGAUGGCGGCCUGGAUCCUCAAACAGGCUCUCUCAAUGGGAAUGGUGACGGAAUACUAUCAUUACAUCUUUACAACACUGGACCUGUUCGCUCUGGACAUGGAGCCGUAUCGCUUCAGCGGAGUCAAUAUGACUGGAUUCCGCAUCUUAAACACAGAGAGUGCUCAGGUGUCCUCCAUCAUCGAGAAGUGGUCCAUGGAGAGACUGCAGGCUCCGCCCAAACCUGACUCCGGCCUGCUGGACGGAUUCAUGACGACGGACGCGGCGCUGAUGUAUGAUGCGGUUCACGUGGUGGCGGUGGCGGUCCAGCAGUCUCCUCAGAUCACCGUCAGCUCUCUGCAGUGUAACCGACACAAACCCUGGCGCUUCGGCGGACGCUUCAUCAGCUUCAUUAAAGAGGCGUCAUGGGAUGGACUUACGGGUCGAAUCCUCUUCAACAAAACCAACGGCUUGAGGACAGACUUCGACCUGGACGUGAUCAGUCUCAAAGAGAACGGACUCGAGAAGGUGUGUGUGUGUGUGUCUGUGUGUGAGUGUGUGUGUUCAUGCAUUAUGUGUGUGUGUUUUCUGCACAUUAUCGUGUGUGUGUAAAAUUUCGCUGUCAACAAAUCACUGGGUGUCGACGUGGAGGAGCCGUACGUCAUGUUUAAGAAGUCUGAUAAGCCUCUGUACGGGAACGACCGCUUCGAGGGCUUCUGCGUGGAUCUGCUGCGGGAGCUGUCGGGAAUCCUGGGCUUCCGUUACGAGAUCCGGUUAGUGGAGGACGGGAAGUACGGAGCGUUUGAGGAGAGUUCGGGUCAGUGGAACGGCAUGGUGCGCGAGCUCAUGGACCACAAAGCAGACCUGGCCGUGGCUCCGCUGACCAUCACGUACGUCCGAGAGAAGGUGAUUGACUUCUCCAAACCCUUCAUGACCCUGGGCAUCAGCAUCCUCUACCGCAAACCCAACGGCACCAACCCCGGCGUCUUCUCCUUCCUCAACCCUCUGUCCCCUGAUAUCUGGAUGUAUAUUCUGCUGGCUUGCUUGGGUGUCAGUUGUGUGCUGUUUGUCAUAGCCAGGUUCAGUCCGUACGAGUGGUAUAAUCCUCAUCCCUGUAACCCGUAGUCAGACGUGGUGGAGAAUAACUUCACGCUGCUCAACAGCUUCUGGUUCGGUGUGGGGGCUCUCAUGCGUCAGGGCUCCGAGCUGAUGCCCAAGGCUCUGUCCACCAGGAUCGUGGGAGGAAUCUGGUGGUUCUUCACCCUCAUCAUCAUCUCGUCCUACACCGCCAACCUGGCCGCCUUCCUGACGGUGGAGCGCAUGGAGUCUCCCAUCGACUCGGCCGACGAUCUGGCCAAACAAACCAAGAUCCUGUACGGCGUGGUGGAGGACGGCGCCACCAUGACCUUCUUCAAGAAAACCAAGAUCUCAACGUACGAUAAGAUGUGGGAGUUCAUGAACAGCCGCCGUCAGUCGGUGAUGGUGAAGAGCGUGGAGGAGGGCAUCCACCGGGUGCUGACGUCCGACUACGCCUUCCUGAUGGAGUCCACCGCCAUCGAGUUCGUCACGCAGCGCAACUGUAACCUGACGCAGAUCGGCGGCCUGAUCGACUCCAAGGCGUACGGCGUGGGGACGCCCAUGGGCUCGCCGUAUCGGGACAAGAUCACCAUCGCUAUCCUCCAGCUGCAGGAGGAGGGAAAGCUGCACAUGAUGAAGGAGAAGUGGUGGAGAGGGAACGGCUGUCCCGAGGAGGAGAGUAAAGAGGCCAGCGCCCUCGGCGUCCAGAACAUCGGAGGAAUCUUCAUCGUCCUCGCCGCCGGCCUGGUGCUGUCCGUGUUCGUGGCCGUCGGGGAGGUGCUGUACAAAUCCAAGCAGAACGCUCAGAUCGAGAAGCGCUCGUUCUGCAGCGCCAUGGUGGAGGAGCUCAGGGUGUCUCUGAGAUGCCAGCGGCGACGGAAACAGAAAGCCCAGCCGCCGGCCAUCGUCAAAACAGAGGAGGUCAUUAACAUGCACACCUUUAACGACAGGAGGCUCCCGGGGAAAGAGACCAUGGCGUGACGCCUCUCCUGUGACUCUCGUCCAAACCACGGACGCCAAGAUGUUUCCUGUGGAAAUCUGGAUUCGUGAGCGACUCUGAACCACAUCAGCGCUCCGUCACGUCUGCUCUCAUCUCACCCCGCUUUCUCUGUGGAAAUAGAUUCAUUGCUGCCUUCCAGAGCUUCACGUCAGCCUCGACGCUUACUAAAGCAGCUGGGAUUAGGGGAAAUAAAGAGGUGUGAAACUAACUCCAUUCGUGUGUAGGAAGGUGUGAGCAUUCUGGGAACGUUCGUUGUGGCACGCUUUCGGCAACCCGUCAAAAUAAAAGUUUGGUUCGACUGGAAGAAAUUGUGACAGAAAUAAAGUUGCGUGCGCUGCUGCUACGGCUUGUACAGCUAUUCAAACAAACAGUCACGAGAUACUGCAUUUUAUCUUAACAGUCAAACCGUCUUUGGUAAAAAUUUUAUUGUUGAUUUAUAUUUCUGCCAGUUAAAAUUAAAGUUUAUGCCUUAAAACUUGAGGGGAGAAAAACAUGCAGCGAUGGUAAAAAUAAAUAUGAAUUCAAUAGCUUUAUGCCUUUAAAUCGUGAGACAUGCAACAGAGUUUGGUAAUAAUAAACCAGAACAAAAGACAAAAACCUUUCUAAAAAUAAUUUGUAUUUUUUUUGUUAAAAAUGAUGUUAAAUUGCAGUAUCAUUAUUUGAAUUAAUUAUGUGUGCUUUAUGACUCAAGCAAUUAAUUUAAUCAUUAAAAAGGAGUCUUGUUUCCCAGAAUGUUCACUUUUGGUGAUAAACGUUUAAAAAGUGUUACCCUGAACUUUGAAAAGUAACACACUAAGGAUUAAAAACGAUUAAACGCUCCUUUAACAAACAGGAAAAAACAUUUUAAAGGUGACACAUCAUUCAAAUCACAUUUUAUAAAAAGGGGCAUAAUAUGUCUCCUUUAAUACAUUUAUAAACAUUCAGAAAACCAAACGACUCCAACAAAUAAAUUAAUAAUGACUAAUACAAGCUUAAAAAAAAACAAGACACUUUCUUUAGCCCCAGAAAGUCAUUCAUGUCGUGACAGUAAUUCUCCCAGCAUCCCUUUUGUCUUGAAGGCAGCAAUAUCACGCACAAAAAUCUCUUCUUAUUCAUUUUAAUCUUCAUUUCUAGUAUAAAUAUCGGACCGUUCUUGAAUCAGGAUGCAUUUACAAGCAAAGCGGAUUGAGAUACAAACGUUUAAAUGUGAUCAGAAUUUAGUCUCAUGAAACAAUAAACAGCGUCUGCCGGUGCGUUCAGAAAAAGGGUCUCCAUUCAAAGGCUUCGAUUAUUUUUCUUGCCGCAUCGGCAGAUAUUUGUGCUCAAUUCUGAUCAUUUUUUUAGGAAAAGAAGGCUUGAUGUCUUAACCACGGUGAAGUAAACGCACUGCGAUUCAAGGAUUAGAAAACAUAUAACCUUACGCUAGAAAUCGAGACAAACACAGCCAGUGAGAGAGUGAUUUUUGUCCGUCUGAAGUCCAUGAAGCGAUGUCCGUCCCGCUCCAACUCAAGCCAAAGUUCUGUCAUUUAGAUCAACUUUUCUAGAAACCUUUCUACUAGCAUCCGUCCGGUCUGUGGCACCUCAUUCAUCGGAGAUUUAUAACAAGAAAAAAAGGGAAGCGCGGUUUUUGUACAGACGAUUUUUGUAGUAAAUCUUUCUAUGGGUGUGUGUGAAGCUGACGUAGAAGCUCCAGACACACACACACACACACACACACACACAUCUGCACGUCUGUCCCUCGAGAGCAAGCAGCGUCUCCAGAAAACACCUCUUCUUCGUUCUGUUUCGGUGUGCUGAUGUUUUCUGUAUAAUACUGUACUUUCUCCAGAUCCGCUUCAAUCUACAGGGACCUUUGGAAACAACCCACGGGUGGAGAACUGGUCGAGCUCAUCUUGUAAUAAAAAAGAUUAUACUGUG